AUGUCUACCAUUCUGGAAAACAUCAUUGCCAUCAUCGACCUAUUCCACCAAUAUUCAACAAGAGAUAAAGAGACUGACACGCUGAGCAAAAAAGAACUGAAGGAACUUCUGGAAAUAGAGUUUCAGCCAAUCCUAAAGAAUCCAGAUGACCCAGACACUGCUGAUGUCUUCAUGCAUAUCCUUGAUAUGGACCACAACAAGAAAAUAGACUUUACGGAGUUUUUUCUGAUGGUAUACAAGUUGGCUCAAGCAUACUAUCAGUCUACCAGAAGACAGAAACUCCAAGCAUCACGGCACAAGCAAAAAAAGGAUGGAUACCAUAAUCAACAUGAAAAAGAUGUUACAGAAGAAGAAGAAGAGGAAAGAAAAAGAAUAACUAGUCACUCAAGAAGUGAUGAAAAGAGGAAGGCGGCAAGAUCCAAAAGCCAAAGACGAAGAGGGGAAAAUAGACACAGGUCUAGAUCUGGAAGAAAGGGAGGAAAAGGUGAAACAUCUACUUCAAGACAUGAAGAGGGAUGUGGGAAAACACAUCAUGAGCCAACGGGGAACAUGAAAAGAAACUCAAGUUCCCCUGAGGUACACAGAAGAAGGAACAACGCAGGUGAUACUAAAAAGAGGAGAACUGAAGGAAGAGAAGAGAAAAUUGGUGCUGAAAAUAGAAGACAUGGUUAUGCAAAAGGGAAACAAUCAGAUUUUGAUGACUUAUACAAGGCAUCAGAAGAAACUAUACUAGAAAACAAAAAUAUUCAGCGAAAAGAAAUAAGAAAUUCAGACGUCAAAUCCAGAGAAAUGAACAUUUACAAAGAAAGAAAUAGAGAGGAUGAAAAGAAUGACUCAAAUUCUGUGAAUGAACAAUCAGCAAACCAUUCUGGGACACAUAGAAAUGGAGGGUCCACUGUGAGAAAGGAAACGGACAGUGAGAGAGAAGGGGAUGACUCAGAGAGACCAUCUGGGUACGGUUCAGGAAACCAACAUGGAUCCGCCCACGGCCACUCAGGAGACAGCUCUAGACAUGAUGGCUAUAGAGGAGGGCGCCAAGCCCAUCAAGGGCAGCCUAAGUCUGCCCACAGACAGUCAGACUCUGGUGCCAGAGGAAGACAAGGAUCUACUCAUGGACAGUCUGCAGACACAUCUAGACAAUCAGGGUCCCAUCACGCAGAGACAUCCUCUCGAGGACACACCGACUCAUCCCGUGGACACGCAGGGUCCAGCACCAGAGGAAGACAGGAAUCCCGCCAUGAGCAGUCAGCAGACAGCUCCAGCCGCUCAGGCACCGGACGUGGACAUUCAUCCUCCGCAUCCAGAACCACUGCACGUCGGGGAUCCAGUGUUAGUCAGGCCAGCGACAGCGAAGGACAUUCAGAAGGUUCAGGUAGACACUCCUCCUCGACCCAUGGAAGACCUGGAACCAGCUAUGGACACCAACACGGGUCUACCCAGGGCCAGUCAGGAGACAGCGCUAGGCACUCGGGAUCCCAUCAGGGGCAGACAGUCACCCACAGGCACUCUGACUCUGCCCAUGGACAGUCACGAUCCAGCACCAGAGAAAGACAGGGGCGCCGCCAUGAGCAGUCAGGAGACAGCUCCAGACACUCAGGGACUGGACAUGGUCAGACCUCAUCUGGGUCCACUGGCAAUAGACACCGGGGAUCCAGUGUGAGUCAGGCCAGUGAUAGUGAAGCGCACUCAGAAGAUUCCCAGAGACGAUCUGGGUCUGCUUCAGGAAACCAACAUGGAUCCGCCCACGGCCACUCAGGAGACAGCUCUAGACACUCUGGCUCUCAAGGAGGGCGCCAAGCCCAUCACGGGCAGCCUGAGUCUGCCCACAGACAGUCAGACUCUGGUGCCAGAGGAAGACAAGGAUCUACUCAUGGACAGUCUGCAGACACAUCUAGACAAUCAGGGUCCCAUCACGCAGAGACAUCCUCUCGAGGACACACCGACUCAUCCCGUGGACACUCAGGGUCCAGCACCAGAGGAAGGCAGGAAUCCCGCCAUGAGCAGUCAGCAGGCAGCUCCAGCCGCUCAGGCACCGGACGUGGACAAUCAUCCUCUGCAUCCAGAACCACUGCACGUCGGGGAUCCAGUGUUAGUCAGGCCAGCGACAGCGAAGCACAUUCAGAAGGUUCAGGUAGACACUCCUCCUCGACCCAUGGAAGACCUGGCUCCAGCUAUGGACACCAACACGGGUCUACCCAGGGUCAGUCAGGAGAUAGCGCUAGGCACUCGGGGUCCCAUCAGGGGCAGACAGCCACCCACAGGCACUCUGACUCUGCCCAUGGACAGUCACGAUCCAGCACCAGAGAAAGACACGGGCACCGCCAUGAGCAGUCAGGAGACAGCUCCAGACACUCAGGGACUGGACAUGGACAGACCUCAUCUGGCUCCACUGGCAACAGACACCGGGGAUCCAGUGUGAGUCAGGCCAGUGAUAGUGAAGGGCACUCAGAAGAUUCCCAGAGACGAUCUGGGUCUGCUUCAGGAAACCAACAUGGAUCCGCCCACGGCCACUCAGGAGACAGCUCUAGACACUCUGGCUCUCAAGGAGGGCGCCAAGCCCAUCACGGGCAGCCUGAGUCUGCCCACAGACAGUCAGACUCUGGUGCCAGAGGAAGACAAGGAUCUACUCAUGGACAGUCUGCAGACACAUCUAGACAAUCAGGGUCCCAUCACGCAGAGACAUCCUCUCGAGGACACACCGACUCAUCCCGUGGACAUUCAGGGUCCAGCACCAGAGGAAGGCAGGAAUCCCGCCAUGAGCAGUCAGCAGACAGCUCCAGCCGCUCAGGCACCGGACGUGGACAAUCAUCCUCUGCAUCCAGAACCACUGCACGUCGGGGAUCCAGUGUUACUCAGGCCAGCGACAGCGAAGGACAUUCAGAAGGUUCAGGUAGACACUCAUCCUCGACCCAUGGAAGACCUGGCUCCAGCUAUGGACACCAACACGGGUCUACCCAGGGCCAGUCAGGAGAUAGCGCUAGGCACUCGGGGUCCCAUCAGGGGCAGACAGCCACCCACAGGCACUCUGACUCUGCCCAUGGACAGUCAAGAUCCAGCACCAGAGAAAGACACGGGCGCCGCCAUGAGCAGUCAGGAGACAGCUCCAGACACUCAGGGACUGGACAUGGUCAGACCUCAUCUGGCUCCACUGGCAAUAGACACCGCGGAUCCAGUGUGAGUCAGGCCAGUGAUAGUGAAGGGCACUCAGAAGAUUCCCAGAGACGAUCUGGGUCUGCUUCAGGAAACCAACAUGGAUCCGCCCACGGCCACUCAGGAGACAGCUCUAGACACUCUGGCUCUCAAGGAGGGCGCCAGGCCCAUCACGGGCAGCCUGAGUCUGCCCACAGACAGUCAGACUCUGGUGCCAGAGGAAGACAAGGAUCUACUCAUGGACAGUCUGCAGACACCUCUAGACAAUCAGGGUCCCAUCACGCAGAGACAUCCUCUCGAGGACACACCGACUCAUCCCGUGGACACUCAGGGUCCAGCACCAGAGGAAGACAGGAAUCCCGCCAUGAGCAGUCAGCAGACAGCUCCAGCCGCUCAGGCACCGGACGUGGACAAUCAUCCUCCGCAUCCAGAACCACUGCACGUCGGGGAUCCAGUGUUAGUCAGGCCAGCGACAGCGAAGGACAUUCAGAAGGUUCAGGUAGACACUCCUCCUCGACCCAUGGAAGACCUGGCUCCAGCUAUGGACACCAACACGGGUCUACCCAGGGCCAGUCAGGAGAUAGCGCUAGGCACUCGGGGUCCCAUCAGGGGCAGACAGCCACCCACAGGCACUCUGACUCUGCCCAUGGACAGUCACGAUCCAGCACCAGAGAAAGACACGGGCGCCGCCAUGAGCAGUCAGGAGACAGCUCCAGACACUCAGGGACUGGACAUGGACAGACCUCAUCUGGCUCCACUGGCAAUAGACACCGGGGAUCCAGUGUGAGUCAGGCCAGUGAUAGUGAAGGGUACUCAGAAGAUUCCCAGAGACGAUCUGGGUCUGCUUCAGGAAACCAACAUGGAUCCGCCCACGGCCACUCAGGAGACAGCUCUAGACACUCUGGCUCUCAAGGAGGGCGCCAGGCCCAUCACGGGCAGCCUGAGUCUGCCCACAGACAGUCAGACUCUGGUGCCAGAGGAAGACAAGGAUCUACUCAUGGACAGUCUGCAGACACCUCUAGACAAUCAGGGUCCCAUCACGCAGAGACAUCCUCUCGAGGACACACCGACUCAUCCCGUGGACACUCAGGGUCCAGCACCAGAGGAAGGCAGGAAUCCCGCCAUGAGCAGUCAGCAGACAGCUCCAGCCGCUCAGGCACCGGACGUGGACAAUCAUCCUCUGCAUCCAGAUACACUGCACGUCGGGGAUCUAGUGUUAGUCAGGCCAGCGACAGCGAAGGACAUUCAGAAGGUUCAGGUAGACACUCCUCCUCGACCCAUGGAAGACCUGGCUCCAGCUAUGGACACCAACACGGGUCUACCCAGGGCCAGUCAGGAGAUAGCGCUAGGCACUCGGGGUCCCAUCAGGGGCAGACAGCCACCCACAGGCACUCUGACUCUGCCCAUGGACAGUCACGAUCCAGCACCAGAGAAAGACACGGGCGCCGCCAUGAGCAGUCAGGAGACAGCUCCAGACACUCAGGGACUGGACAUGGACAGACCUCAUCUGGCUCCACUGGCAAUAGACACCGGGGAUCCAGUGUGAGUCAGGCCAGUGAUAGUGAAGGGUACUCAGAAGAUUCCCAGAGACGAUCUGGGUCUGCUUCAGGAAACCAACAUGGAUCUGCCCACAGCCACUCAGGAGACAGCUCUAGACACUCUGGCUCUCAAGGAGGGCGAUCUACUCAUGGACAGUCUGCAGACACCUCUAGACAAUCAGGGUCCCAUCACGCAGAGACAUCCUCUCGAGGACACACCGACUCAUCCCGUGGACACUCAGGGUCCAGCACCAGAGGAAGGCAGGAAUCCCGCCAUGAGCAGUCAGCAGACAGCUCCAGCCGCUCAGGCACCGGACGUGGACAAUCAUCCUCUGCAUCCAGAUACACUGCACGUCGGGGAUCUAGUGUUAGUCAGGCCAGCGACAGCGAAGGACAUUCAGAAGGUUCAGGUAGACACUCCUCCUCGACCCAUGGAAGACCUGGCUCCAGCUAUGGACACCAACACGGGUCUACCCAUGGCCAGUCAGGAGAUAGCGCUAGGCACUCGGGGUCCCAUCAGGGGCAGACAGCCACCCACAGGCACUCUGACUCUGCCCAUGGACAGUCACGAUCCAGCACCAGAGAAAGACACGGGCGCCGCCAUGAGCAGUCAGGAGACAGCUCCAGACACUCAGGGACUGGACAUGGACAGACCUCAUCUGGCUCCACUGGCAAUAGACACCGGGGAUCCAGUGUGAGUCAGGCCAGUGAUAGUGAAGGGCACUCAGAAGAUUCCCAGAGACGAUCUGGGUCUGCUUCAGGAAACCAACAUGGAUCCGCCCACGGCCACUCAGGAGACAGCUCUAGACACUCUGGCUCUCAAGGAGGGCGCCAAGCCCAUCACGGGCAGCCUGAGUCUGCCCACAGACAGUCAGACUCUGGUGCCAGAGGAAGACAAGGAUCUACUCAUGGACAGUCUGCAGACACAUCUAGACAAUCAGGGUCCCAUCACGCAGAGACAUCCUCUCGAGGACACACCGACUCAGCCCGUGGACAUUCAGGGUCCAGCACCAGAGGAAGGCAGGAAUCCCGCCAUGAGCAGUCAGCAGACAGCUCCAGCCGCUCAGGCACCGGACGUGGACAAUCAUCCUCUGCAUCCAGAACCGCUGCACGUCGGGGAUCCAGUGUUAGUCAGGCCAGCGACAGUGAAGCACAUUCAGAAGGUUCAGGUAGACACUCCACCUCGACCCAUGGAAAACCUGGCUCCAGCUCUGGACACCAACACGGGUCUACCCAGGGCCAGUCAGGAGAUAGCGCUAGGCACUCGGGGUCCCAUCAGGGGCAGACAGCCACCCACAGGCACUCUGACUCUGCCCAUGCACAGUCACGAUCCAGCACCAGAGAAAGACACGGGCGCCGCCAUGAGCAGUCAGGAGACAGCUCCAGACACUCAGGGACUGGACAUGGUCAGACCUCAUCUGGCUCCACUGGCAAUACACACCGGGGAUCCAGUGUGAGUCAGGCCAGUGAUAGUGAAGGGCACUCUGAAGAUUCCCAGAGACGAUCUGGGUCUGCUUCAGGAAACCAACAUGGAUCCGCCCACGGCCACUCAGGAGACAGCUCUAGACACUCUGGCUCUCAAGGAGGGCGCCAGGCCCAUCACGGGCAGCCUGAGUCUGCCCACAGACAGUCAGACUCUGGUGCCAGAGGAAGACAAGGAUCUACUCAUGGACAGUCUGCAGACACCUCUAGACAAUCAGGGUCCCAUCACGCAGAGACAUCCUCUCGAGGACACACCGACUCAUCCCGUGGACACUCAGGGUCCAGCACCAGAGGAAGACAGGAAUCCCGCCAUGAGCAGUCAGCAGACAGCUCCAGCCGCUCAGGCACCGGACGUGGACAAUCAUCCUCCGCAUCCAGAACCACUGCACGUCGGGGAUCCAGUGUUAGUCAGGCCAGCGACAGCGAAGGACAUUCAGAAGGUUCAGGUAGACACUCCUCCUCGACCCAUGGAAGACCUGGCUCCAGCUAUGGACACCAACACGGGUCUACCCAGGGCCAGUCAGGAGAUAGCGCUAGGCACUCGGGGUCCCAUCAGGGGCAGACAGCCACCCACAGGCACUCUGACUCUGCCCAUGGACAGUCACGAUCCAGCACCAGAGAAAGACACGGGCGCCGCCAUGAGCAGUCAGGAGACAGCUCCAGACACUCAGGGACUGGACAUGGUCAGACCUCAUCUGGCUCCACUGGCAAUAGACACCGCGGAUCCAGUGUGAGUCAGGCCAGUGAUAGUGAGGGGCACUCAGAAGAUUCCCAGAGACGAUCUGGGUCUGCUUCAGGAAACCAACAUGGAUCCGCCCACGGCCACUCAGGAGACAGCUCUAGACACUCUGGCUCUCAAGGAGGGCGCCAGGCCCAUCACGGGCAGCCUGAGUCUGCCCACAGACAGUCAGACUCUGGUGCCAGAGGAAGACAAGGAUCUACUCAUGGACAGUCUGCAGACACAUCUAGACAAUCAGGGUCCCAUCACGCAGAGACAUCCUCUCGAGGACACACCGACUCAUCCCGGGGACACUCAGGGUCCAGCACCAGAGGAAGGCAGGAAUCCCGCCAUGAGCAGUCAGCAGACAGCUCCAGCCGCUCAGGCACCGGACGUGGACAAUCAUCCUCUGCAUCCAGAUACACUGCACGUCGGGGAUCUAGUGUUAGUCAGGCCAGCGACAGCGAAGGACAUUCAGAAGGUUCAGGUAGACACUCCUCCUCGACCCAUGGAAGACCUGGCUCCAGCUAUGGACACCAACACGGGUCUACCCAGGGCCAGUCAGGAGAUAGCGCUAGGCACUCGGGGUCCCAUCAGGGGCAGACAGCCACCCACAGGCACUCUGACUCUGCCCAUGGACAGUCACGAUCCAGCACCAGAGAAAGACACGGGCGCCGCCAUGAGCAGUCAGGAGACAGCUCCAGACACUCAGGGACUGGACAUGGACAGACCUCAUCUGGCUCCACUGGCAAUAGACACCGGGGAUCCAGUGUGAGUCAGGCCAGUGAUAGUGAAGGGUACUCAGAAGAUUCCCAGAGACGAUCUGGGUCUGCUUCAGGAAACCAACAUGGAUCCGCCCACGGCCACUCAGGAGACAGCUCUAGACACUCUGGCUCUCAAGGAGGGCGCCAAGCCCAUCACGGGCAGCCUGAGUCUGCCCACAGACAGUCAGACUCUGGUGCCAGAGGAAGACAAGGAUCUACUCAUGGACAGUCUGCAGAUACCUCUAGACAAUCAGGGUCCCAUCACGCAGAGACAUCCUCUCGAGGACACACCGACUCAUCCCGUGGACACUCAGGGUCCAGCACCAGAGGAAGGCAGGAAUCCCGCCAUGAGCAGUCAGCAGACAGCUCCAGCCGCUCAGGCACCGGACGUGGACAAUCAUCCUCUGCAUCCAGAUACACUGCACGUCGGGGAUCUAGUGUUAGUCAGGCCAGCGACAGCGAAGGACAUUCAGAAGGUUCAGGUAGACACUCCUCCUCGACCCAUGGAAGACCUGGCUCCAGCUAUGGACACCAACACGGGUCUACCCAUGGCCAGUCAGGAGAUAGCGCUAGGCACUCGGGGUCCCAUCAGGGGCAGACAGCCACCCACAGGCACUCUGACUCUGCCCAUGGACAGUCACGAUCCAGCACCAGAGAAAGACACGGGCGCCGCCAUGAGCAGUCAGGAGACAGCUCCAGACACUCAGGGACUGGACAUGGUCAGACCUCAUCUGGCUCCACUGGCAAUACACACCGGGGAUCCAGUGUGAGUCAGGCCAGUGAUAGUGAAGGGCACUCUGAAGAUUCCCAGAGACGAUCUGGGUCUGCUUCAGGAAACCAACAUGGAUCCGCCCACGGCCACUCAGGAGACAGCUCUAGACACUCUGGCUCUCAAGGAGGGCGCCAGGCCCAUCACGGGCAGCCUGAGUCUGCCCACAGACAGUCAGACUCUGGUGCCAGAGGAAGACAAGGAUCUACUCAUGGACAGUCUGCAGACACCUCUAGACAAUCAGGGUCCCAUCACGCAGAGACAUCCUCUCGAGGACACACCGACUCAUCCCGUGGACACUCAGGGUCCAGCACCAGAGGAAGACAGGAAUCCCGCCAUGAGCAGUCAGCAGACAGCUCCAGCCGCUCAGGCACCGGACGUGGACAAUCAUCCUCCGCAUCCAGAACCACUGCACGUCGGGGAUCCAGUGUUAGUCAGGCCAGCGACAGCGAAGGACAUUCAGAAGGUUCAGGUAGACACUCCUCCUCGACCCAUGGAAGACCUGGCUCCAGCUAUGGACACCAACACGGGUCUACCCAGGGCCAGUCAGGAGAUAGCGCUAGGCACUCGGGGUCCCAUCAGGGGCAGACAGCCACCCACAGGCACUCUGACUCUGCCCAUGGACAGUCACGAUCCAGCACCAGAGAAAGACACGGGCGCCGCCAUGAGCAGUCAGGAGACAGCUCCAGACACUCAGGGACUGGACAUGGUCAGACCUCAUCUGGCUCCACUGGCAAUAGACACCGCGGAUCCAGUGUGAGUCAGGCCAGUGAUAGUGAGGGGCACUCAGAAGAUUCCCAGAGACGAUCUGGGUCUGCUUCAGGAAACCAACAUGGAUCCGCCCACGGCCACUCAGGAGACAGCUCUAGACACUCUGGCUCUCAAGGAGGGCGCCAGGCCCAUCACGGGCAGCCUGAGUCUGCCCACAGACAGUCAGACUCUGGUGCCAGAGGAAGACAAGGAUCUACUCAUGGACAGUCUGCAGACACAUCUAGACAAUCAGGGUCCCAUCACGCAGAGACAUCCUCUCGAGGACACACCGACUCAUCCCGGGGACACUCAGGGUCCAGCACCAGAGGAAGGCAGGAAUCCCGCCAUGAGCAGUCAGCAGACAGCUCCAGCCGCUCAGGCACCGGACGUGGACAAUCAUCCUCUGCAUCCAGAUACACUGCACGUCGGGGAUCUAGUGUUAGUCAGGCCAGCGACAGCGAAGGACAUUCAGAAGGUUCAGGUAGACACUCCUCCUCGACCCAUGGAAGACCUGGCUCCAGCUAUGGACACCAACACGGGUCUACCCAGGGCCAGUCAGGAGAUAGCGCUAGGCACUCGGGGUCCCAUCAGGGGCAGACAGCCACCCACAGGCACUCUGACUCUGCCCAUGGACAGUCACGAUCCAGCACCAGAGAAAGACACGGGCGCCGCCAUGAGCAGUCAGGAGACAGCUCCAGACACUCAGGGACUGGACAUGGACAGACCUCAUCUGGCUCCACUGGCAAUAGACACCGGGGAUCCAGUGUGAGUCAGGCCAGUGAUAGUGAAGGGCACUCAGAAGAUUCCCAGAGACGAUCUGGGUCUGCUUCAGGAAACCAACAUGGAUCCGCCCACGGCCACUCAGGAGACAGCUCUAGACACUCUGGCUCUCAAGGAGGGCGCCAAGCCCAUCACGGAGGAAGACAAGGAUCUACUCAUGGACAGUCUGCAGACACAUCUAGACAAUCAGGGUCCCAUCACGCAGAGUCAUCCUCUCGAGGACACACCGACUCAGCCCGUGGACAUUCAGGGUCCAGCACCAGAGGAAGGCAGGAAUCCCGCCAUGAGCAGUCAGCAGACAGCUCCAGCCGCUCAGGCACCGGACGUGGACAAUCAUCCUCCGCAUCCAGAACCGCUGCACGUCGGGGAUCCAGUGUUAGUCAGGCCAGCGACAGUGAAGCACAUUCAGAAGGUUCAGGUAGACACUCCACCUCGACCCAUGGAAAACCUGGCUCCAGCUCUGGACACCAACACGGGUCUACCCAGGGCCAUUCAGGAGAUAGCGCUAGGCACUCGGGGUCCCAUCAGGGGCAGACAGCCACCCACAGGCACUCUGACUCUGCCCAUGCACAGUCAGGAUCCAGCACCAGGGAAAGACAGGGGCACCACUAUGAGCAGUCAGGAGACAGCUCCAGACACUCAGGGACUGGACAGGCACAGACCUCAUCCGGGUCUGGUGGCAGUAGACACCGGGGUUCCAGUGUGAAUCAGGCCAAUGAGAAUUUCAAUCUAGCUGGGUCUACAGGAAUACACUUGGCCUCACCGCAUGGCCUCUCAGAUUCCAAUUCAAGAGAUCAGAGAUCCAUUCAUCCUGAACAUUCACCUGAUAGCUCAGCAUACUCAGGAUCUCAUCCAGACCCUCCAUUCUCUCGUGAUCCAUUUGACUUUGUCGUGGAGCACUCAAGCUCCAGCAGAAGACAAAAGCCUGAUUCUACAUUCAGUCACUUAGGUGAUACCCGUUCACAAUCUCAGCUUGGUCAUGGUCACACAUCAUCCUUUUAUGGGACAUCUAUGUCUAAUACAACAGAAUGGCAAGGAUCAAUAGAAGGUCACUCAAAUCCUGCUUCUCAGGAUUCAAGGUAUAAUUCAAGAAUACAAUCACAUAGCAGUCAUCACCAUUCUGGGAGUAAUAAUUCUUAUUCUGUGAUUACUGAAAGGCAAAGGCAUGAUUCAGGUCAAGGUUGGAGGCACGGCAGCUAUGGAAGUGCAGAUUAUGACUAUGGAGAGUCAGGGUUUGGACAGUCUCAGGCUUGAACUGGCAGACAUGAUUACAGCCAUGUGGGAUUCGGGGACAGAUCUGAAUACGGAGAAGAAUUUAUGAGAUCCAAUAUCACAGGCAGUUAUAUACACCCAGGAACAUAUAGCCAUUCAAGUGAUCUUUCAAAACAGCUGGGCUUUUGUCAAUCUCAAAGAUACUAUUAUUAUGAGUGA